AUGGAACUCUUCAAAGCUAAAUGUACUAUCGACUCAAAUUGUAUAACCAAUAAGGAAAAUCCUAAUCGUACACCUGUUCAAAACGAAGUGAAUAAUCUCUUCGUUACAUUAACUAGCCUACUCUCGCAUGUAAAUCUUAUUCUUAGCUAUGGAGUGUCUCAUACCGCGCGACAAGAAAAGAUAAGUUCUAUGGAUUUAGUAAACCCACCCUUGUUAGUCGCCUUAGCAAGAGCUUCUUUUGCAUGUGCUAUGUCUACUUAUAAUCAAACGUUCCAAACCACUGUACGCAGAUUCUUCGCAAACCUAACGAAGUAUCCAGACAGCGUUGUAAGUCUAAUCGCUCUAAGUAAUUACCAUCAACUCAGUGGUGUAAAUAUCAGUCAACAUACUAAUCAUGAAGAUUUAGCGCUGUGUAAAAAUCGUUACUCAGACGACCGACCUACACAACAAACCAGGCUUGUUUUACCUGACGAAAAAUGUGAUGUCGAAGACACUUUAAAAAUAUAUCCCACCCCAACUAAAGUUUCAAAUCACGAACAAGAGGAACCUCCUGUCAAGCGCCUUCGAAUUACGGAGUCACAUUCAGUUGCACAAGUCACUGGUGUAUCUUCAGACAUUAUUUACGGGGCUGUAAAAACUGACGUCCCACCUAAUACGCAACAAAAAGACCCCCCAACACACGAUGAGCAAGACACUCAUACAUCCGAUGUAGGUAGUUAUCUGACCACUUUCGACCCAACUUUUGUAUGA